AUGGGGGGCAAAUCCGGCACAAAAGCUGUCUACUUCGACAAGCUCAAGGGCUUGCUCGAUGACGUCGACAAUGUCUCCUCCCAACAGAUGCACGAGAUCCGAUCCGCCCUUCGAGGUGAGGCCGUUGUGUUGAUGGGCAAGAACACCAUGGUUCGCCGUGCUCUCAAGGGAUUCAUUGGUGACAACCCAGAGUUCGAACGUCUCCUUCCUCACGUCAAGGGAAAUGUUGGCUUCAUCUUCACCAACGGUGAUUUGAAGACUAUUCGAGAUAAGAUUCUUUCCAACAGAGUCGCUGCGCCUGCUCGUGCUGGGGCUGUUGCACCUCUCGAUGUCUACGUCCCAGCAGGAAACACUGGUAUGGAACCCGGCAAGACAUCUUUCUUCCAGGCUCUCGGUGUCCCCACCAAGAUUGCUCGUGGAACCAUUGAAAUCACCACCGAUCUCAAGUUGGUUGAGGCCGGCGCAAAAGUCGGUGCCUCCGAGGCCACUCUUCUCAACAUGUUGAACAUUUCUCCUUUUACCUAUGGCAUGAAGGUUCAACAGGUCUACGAGGAGGGUAACACAUUCCACCCAAGUGUGUUGGACAUCGAAGAAAGCCAAUUGCUCAAGGCACUGUCUUCUGCUAUUGCCACGAUCACCACCAUCUCCCUUGCCGCCAACUACCCUACUCUUCCAUCUGUCAUCCACAGCUUGCUCAACGGUUACAAGAACGUUAUCUCGGUUGCCAUUGAGACUGACUACAGCUGGGAGGCUAUUGAUGAGCUCAAGGACCGCAUUGCCAAUCCUGAUGCUUAUGCUGCCGCCGCUCCUGUUGCAGCUGCAGCCAGCUCAGAGGCCGCGCCAGCAGCUGCCAAGGAGGAAGAAAAGGAAGAGGAGAAGGAAGAGAGUGAUGAUGAAGGUUUCGGCGGUCUCUUCGACUAA